UUGCCGGAGUGCGCACCCGCAGCUGCGCCGUGCGCCCCUUAUCUCCAGCAGGAACUGGACGAGGCGCUCACCCACUGCGGACUUUUGCCCUCCCGACUUUGACAGGUGAAGAUAAAAAACUCAGCGGUAUCGGCAGCAGCAGCAGCGGCUGGCCUGACCAUGUUUUCGCCGAAGUCGCCCAGAAGUCUGUCCAAGUAUGUCUCCAAGUCGUCGCCGGGCGCCGGGGAGCAGAUCUGCAUGGUGGAGUGUGGCUGCAGUAAACCGGACUGCACCUGUAGCGUCCACCCGGCAGGCCGCGGCUGGAGACUCUGUACCCAGGAGAUCAAGGAGAAUUGCACUGAUGUUGGGAAACAAGGCCUUGACAACUUGGCCUACGAGUAUGGGAGUCAGAGUGAGCUCUACCGUCCACCCAAAGCUGCCUUCAGGGUGACCUUUAGACUCCUGGGACUCACCACUGAGCACCAGGCCCGAGCCAUCGAAGCCAAAAUCUCCAUCCUGAAGGGAGUAGCCAGUGUCAGCUUGUCUUUACCCCGACGAUUAGCCAAAGUGGACUAUGAUACCUCACUUCUCUCAACCAAAGAGAUCGCCCUGGAGCUCCAGAGGCUGGGGUACAGUGUGGAGUUGGCGGUGCAGGUCAGGGUGGAUGGUAUGCACUGCCAGUCCUGUGUGCAGUCCAUUGAGGGACAGAUCGGGGAGCUACCUGGGGUUUCAUAUAUUCAGGUGUCUCUUCAAGACAGGGCAGCACUGAUUGUGUUUCAGCCUCUUCUGGUUACACAACAGGAACUGAGAGACAAGAUCGAGGACAUGGGGUUUGAUGCCACUUUAUUAUCCCAGGACCCACCAGUGGAAGAUAUAAGCUACUGGCAGACUGACAUAUCGACUUCAUCCUUGUCAUCGUCAACCCGGACUGUAACUGUUUGGAUCGUAGGGAUGACUUGCAACUCUUGUGUGCAGUCAAUAGAAGGGAGGAUCUCUCAGAUGUCAGGAGUACAGUCCAUCGCGGUGUCGCUGAAGGAUGAAAAGGGAACAAUAACCUUUGACCCCUGUCUGACAGAGCCGGAGCAGCUCAGGGCGGCUAUCGAGGACAUGGGCUUUGAUGCGUCACUUCAAGAACCUGCACAGAGCAUCCAGGGUCAUGAACAGUCCAGGCCUGUUAUCUCUGGACCCUCUCACCUCCCUGACUUGCAGUCACCCAGUAAGGCUGGAGUCAGCAAUGGCACCGGAUCACAGGCGAACACUGCGAGUCAUCACCCCAACCCUCCUGACAUUAAAGUACAAAAAUGCUUCAUUUGCGUAAUGGGAAUGACCUGUGCCUCCUGCGUGGCCAACAUUGAGAGGAACCUGCUCAAACACAAGGGAAUCAUUUCGGUGUUGGUGUCACUAAUGGCGGGAAAGGCAGAGGUGAAAUAUGACACAGAAAUCAUAGAUGCUGCUGCUGUAACUCAGCUCAUAGAAGACUUAGGCUUUGGGGCCAAAUUAAUGGAGGACAAUGCAGUAACGCAUGGGAAACUGGACCUCUCAAUAACAGGAAUGACAUGUGCGUCAUGUGUCCACAACAUUGAGUCCAAGCUCACCACAACCAAAGGAAUCCUCGGGGCCUCUGUCGCUCUGGCCACCAAUAAAGCACAGAUCCAAUUUGACCCAGAAGUGCUCGGAGCUCGAGAUAUCAUCAAGAUCAUUCAGAGCCUUGGAUUCGGGGCCAGUCUGGUGAAGGCGGGCUUCAAAAACACCCUCGACCACUCAGAGGAAAUUAGACAGUGGAAGAACUCCUUCCUGCUCAGCCUUGUUUUUGGCUUGCCUGUCAUGGGCCUCAUGAUUUACAUGAUGGUAAUGGACAGUCAGCACCAUGAACAUGGAGGCUCCAUGCCUGAGGAGCAGAACCUGUUGCCGGGCCUCUCCCUCCUCAACCUGGCCUUUUUUGUGCUGUGUACACCUGUGCAGAUCUUCGGAGGUCGGUACUUCUACAUCCAGGCAUAUCGCUCGUUAAAACACCGCACAGCCAACAUGGAUGUCCUGAUUGUGUUGGCCACCUCUAUUGCCUACAUCUACUCCUGUGUUGUCCUCAUCGUAGCCAUGGGCGAGCGAGCGAGCCAGAGCCCCGUCACCUUUUUUGACACUCCACCCAUGCUGUUUGUGUUCAUCGCUCUGGGGCGAUGGUUGGAGCAUGUUGCAAAGAGUAAAACCUCAGAGGCCUUGGCAAAGCUAAUGUCACUUCAAGCCACUGAUGCCACUGUGGUCACUCUGGGAUCUGACCACUCCAUUAUCAGUGAGGAGCAGGUGGUGGUGGAGCUGGUCCAGCGAGGCGACAUUGUGAAGGUUGUCCCUGGAGGAAAGUUCCCCGUUGAUGGGAAAGUGAUUGAGGGAAGCUCCAUGGCAGAUGAGUCUUUGAUCACAGGUGAGCCGAUGCCUGUUAGUAAGAAGGUGGGCAGUUUGGUGAUCGCCGGCUCCAUCAACGCUCAUGGCUCUCUUCUGGUGGAGGCUACUCAUGUUGGUGCAGACACAACUCUGUCUCAGAUAGUCAAACUGGUGGAAGAAGCCCAGACCUCCAAGGCCCCCAUCCAGCAGUUUGCAGACAGGCUCAGUGGGUACUUUGUGCCCUUCAUAGUUAUCGUUUCUCUGCUCACACUGGUGGCCUGGAUGGCGGUCGGGUUUGUCGACUUUGAUAUUGUGAAGGAAAACUUCCCGGGUUAUAACCAGAACAUAUCCAAGGCGGAAGUUAUCGUCCGCUUUGCCUUCCAGGCGUCCAUUACUGUUCUGUCCAUCGCCUGCCCCUGCUCUCUGGGGCUGGCAACCCCAACAGCCGUCAUGGUGGGAACAGGUGUCGGAGCUCAGAACGGAAUCCUGAUCAAAGGAGGCGAGCCGCUGGAGAUGGCCCAUAAGAUCGGUGUGGUGAUGUUCGAUAAGACCGGCACGAUUACAAAUGGCGUGCCUCGGGUGACUCGUGUUUUGGUGUUGUGGGAGAUGGCCCGCAUGCCCCUGAGAAAGAUCCUGGCGGUGGUAGGCACGGCUGAGGCCAGCAGCGAGCACCCGCUGGGCAUGGCGGUCGCUAAACACUGCAAAGAGGAGCUGGGCUGUGACGUCCUGGGCUACUGCCAGGACUUCCAGGCGGUGCCUGGCUGUGGGAUCAGCUGCCGGGUGUCCAAUGUAGAUCAUCUGCUGCAGCAGCAGAGUGAAGAGCGUUUCCUGCUUCCAGGAGCAACCACAGACGAAAGCAGCCUGCUCUCUGCUGUCGAGGCCCCGUCUGCAGGUGAAGGCUUGUCUUACUCAGUCCUGAUUGGAAACAGAGAGUGGAUGAGGAGGAACGGUCACCACAUUGGAGCAGAUGUUGAUGCCGCCAUGAGCAGCCAUGAGACCAAAGGGCAGACGGCCAUCCUGGUGGCAAUAGACGGUGUGCUCUGCGCCAUGAUAGCUAUCGCAGACACAGUGAAAGCAGAGUCAGCGUUAGCGGUGUACACGCUCAACAGCAUGGGCAUUGAGGUGGUUAUGAUAACAGGCGACAACAGACGCACAGCCAAAGCUAUCGCCGCACAGGUGGGGAUCAGGAAGGUGUUCGCUGAGGUGCUGCCGUCACAUAAGGUGGCUAAAGUUCAAGAGCUGCAGGAGCAAGGCCGGCGAGUUGCCAUGGUGGGAGACGGCGUUAAUGACUCACCCGCUCUCGCCCGUGCUGACGUCGGCAUCGCUAUCGGCACGGGGACAGAUGUGGCUAUUGAGGCAGCGGAUAUUGUCCUGAUCAGAAAUGACCUGCUGGAUGUGGUGGCGAGUAUCGAGCUGUCAAAGAAGACGGUGCGGAGGAUAAGGAUCAACUUUGUCUUCGCUCUCAUCUACAACCUUGUAGGAAUACCAAUCGCUGCAGGUGUGUUCAUGCCUGUCGGUCUGGUACUGCAACCCUGGAUGGGUUCAGCUGCAAUGGCCGCCUCGUCCGUCUCUGUGGUUCUGUCGUCCUUACUGCUGAGAAUGUACAAGAAAACCUCUGUGGAGCUGUACGAGGUGCGCGCACAGGGUCAAAUGAGGAGCCUUCGAUCGUCUCAGAUCAGCACAUAUCUGGGGCUGGAUGGCCGUCGGCGGAGCCCGGCUCUCCCCGCCAGAGCUCGGGAACAGCUAAGUCAAAGCAGCUCGGCAACCCCGCCCUCCCUCUCCAGCCAGGGGCCGUCCAUUAACUCUGUCCAGGAGCAGCAGGACCGCUGCUCCCUCCUGGACCACCAGACUACAGAGGACCUUCAUGUGUAGUAAAGGGAAAAGGGAAGAAAGACCUGGUUGUUUACAAAUUCAGUGACGCUCUUUGAUAUUAAUAUCUCUAAGUAUUUAUAUAAACAGAUGAGGUUAAUUGUGCACGGAAACUUUUAAAGUUCUCUUUUAUUUCGCCUCAUUCAUCUUUAGCUCAUAAAUCCUGAUCCUCUGAGGACCCUGAGUCAACACUGAUCCUUCACUUUCUCAUUGAAAAUAUCUGAAAAUCAAUUUGCUAACACUCACAAAGUGACGUUUGACCGUGCUUCUGAAGCAUUUUCUAUAUUUUUUUUCCUUUUUCAUGCCAGAUCACAGGUGCUACACGAAUUAAAAUUGACGUGUAUAUAAAGGUGCACUUUUACAGUGAACUCAAAGUAAAACUACACAUUGUUUGUUUGGAUAAGACUGUGCUGGUGUGAGUGUUGGUCUCAGGUUAUAAACAACUAAUACACAGGUUGAUGGAGGAAAAUUAGCAUUUUUAUCAGUACGUGGGUUUAUAUUUGCACUUGAUGCUCCUGUCUUUUGCAUUCAGCUGCUCAGGUUUGUGCAGAACUGUCACUUCAUCCAAGAGAAUAAUAUUUGUUCUUGUUGAUAUGUUUUAAACUCUUGCAGUUCACAAGUAUAGAGUUCUUGUGUUAAAUAUAUAAAUGAGGGAGAAGAAAUGGA